CUUCAACAAAAUUUUGAUUCCAAUGUUGUUAGAUCAGUCAACUUUCAAUUGUUUCUGCCAACAAAUAAUUCAACUAAAUCAACAAAGUAUGGUAGAUCACAUCAAGAAUUGCGGAAAUUAUAAAAGGACAUCGCCAUUCUUCUAAACAUUUCAAUAAUAUUAGCUUGAAUAAAUGCAAAGGCAACACCUAAUCGCCUUAAAAAGCGAGUUUCUAAUUUUCAUUGAAAAAGUAGAUAGCAUAUUAAACCCACCCGCUAUUCGUGUAUUCAACUCAUCAAUAACGAAAUCGUCUGAAUAUACGAAUGGACCUAUACUUCAAUUUUAAAAACAAACUUUUAGCAUAAUCAGUCAGAAACCUUAGUAAGCACCAGCACAACCUGAAACUGUGUUUAACGCUUACAGAUAAUUUCAAAAGCUACAAACAUGUGAAGUUUGCGCAAAAAAUGUUGAUGCAGAUAUUAUUACAUAUUUCGAACAUUGUUUCUAACCGAUCUGCAGACCCUGCCUGAUGAAAUAGAUAGAAAAAGACUAUAAAACUAAUAUAGUAUUUUAGUGUCCAAACCAAUUAUGCAAAAAGCAAAUGUUAGAAUAAGAUUUAAUAGUAUUUAUGUAUCUGUAAUAUUUAAGUAAAUCCUUGGGAGAGAAAAACACGAUUAAUAUUCCUCAGUAAUGUUAGAAAGACAAUUCAACAUAGUAAAAUGUUCAGCAUGUUCCGAAAGGGGUGCUUUUGAGAAGGGCAGUUCGAUUACAAUUCUGAAAGAUCCUGUCACAAAUUAAUAAUUACAAUAGUAUUAAGAUCGUAUUUAUUAACUUAGAAAAUAUGUGGAUCAUUACUUAAAUAAUAGAUUCAUGUGUUUCAAUUCAGCCUGUAAAACUGAACAAUGCAAAGAAUGCAAAGCCAUCCCUUAUCAUUUAGGUAUGAAUUGCGAAGAAUACAAAAUUAAAAAGUCUUCAAAGUAAUUCCGAUUUCUAACACAUUAUUUAGAUGUUGUAGAUAUUGUGAUUAACCAAUUCAUAAUGUUCAAUCUAAUGUACCAGAAGCCUUGUAGGAUAUCUGUUAAGAAAAGGAAUGCUAAGAAAAGGCCUAAUUUGCUUGCAAUAAGUUACUAGCAUGUAGACAUCCUUGUCCAGGAUUCAAAAAUGAAUAGAUAUGUUCUACAUGUCUAAAUGAAAACUGCUGCAAAGGAGAACAAAAAGGAGAUGACUAUUGUAAUAUAUGUUUUGUAGAGGGGUUAAAGAAUGCCCCUGUUAUCCAAUCAAAGUGCGGUCAUGUAUCCAGUAUUCUCAUAAUAGAUCUUUCAUUAUACCUGUAUUCUCAAGAGACUAGAUGUGAAAUGGAAUGGACCAAGAAUUGUUUUCAAGUUCUGCUUGUGUCCUCUCUGUAAUACUUGGUUAGAAUUCUAACCAUCUUUACCACAAAAUCUAGUGAAUGAUUAUUUUAAACUCUUUUAAGAUGUCAUGAAGAAAUCUCUUGAUAGACUGAAAUAUGAAAACAGGGACAAAGAUGAUAAGGUUAGUAAAGUAGGAGAAUUGUUUUAUGGGAAACCCCAAGAGUAUGCUAUGGCUAUCUAUUGUUAUUAUCAAUGUUUCAAAUGCAAAAACCCUUAUUUCGGAGGUGCUAAAGAUUGUCAAAGAGCUUUGGAUGAAGGCGAUAAAUAAUAUAAACCCGAAGAAUUGAUUUGUGCUAAUUGUUGUGAAGUACCAGUUGGAGAAACAUGCUAAGUUCAUGGAAAAGAUUAUAUAGAAUUCAAAUGCAAGUUUUGUUGUUAAAUUGCUGUGUGGUUUUGCUGGUAAACAAUUAAAUUUAUCAUAUUCUCAAAGGGGGACAACUCAUUUUUGUGAAGAUUGUCAUAAGAGAUAAUGUAACGGAGAUUACGUGUCCAAAAUCCCUAGAGAGAAACUACCUAAAUGUCCUGGCAAGGAUAAAUGCCCUAUCAAGAUGGAUCAUAAGCCAAAUGGAGAAGAACAAGCAUUGGGAUGCGGUAUUAAUCUAUCAUUUAUUUCUAGCCAUUUGUAGGAAUCAAAGAGCCAAUUAGCAAAAUUUCUGAAUGAAAUUAUACCCAUC